AUGGAAUUAUACUCUCCUGAAGGGUUGAGAAUCGAUGGGAGAAGAUGGAACGAGUUGCGUAAAUUUGAGUGCCGUAUAAACACGCACCCAAAUUCGUCCGAUGGUUCGUCCUUCAUAGAACAGGGAAAUACCAAAGUCAUUUGUAUGGUUCAAGGGCCAAUGGAGCCGGUCUUGAGAUCCCAACUGAACCCAAACCAAGCAAAUAUUGAAAUAAGUAUCACAAUUGCCAAUUUUUCCACCACAGAGAGGAAGAAGAGGUUGAAAAAUGAGAAGAGAUUAGUCGAGUUGAAGGCUACUUUGGAGAGAACCUUUGAGCAGAGUGUAAUGUGUAAGUUGUAUCCUAGAACUGUCAUACAAGUAAACAUCCAUGUAUUAGCGCAAGACGGUGGAUUAUUGGCAGGAAUAACCAAUGCAAUUACCUUGGGGUUGAUCGAUGCUGGGAUCGCCAUGUAUGACUAUGUAUCAUCUAUCAGUGCCGGGUUGUACGACACCACGCCUCUUUUGGACUUGAACACAUUGGAGGAAAAUGAUAUGAGCACGUUAACCAUUGGAGUGAUAGGAAAGAGUGAAAAAUUGGCGUUAUUGUUGUUGGAGGAUAAGAUGCCCUUGGACAGACUAGAGAGUGUGCUAGCCAUAGGGAUUGCAGGUGGCCAUAGGAUAAGAGAUUUGAUGGAUGAAGAGGUGAGAAGGCAUGGUAACCUAAGGUUAUCGAAGGUGAAUGUAUAA